CAAAACUCCGGCGGCCGGCAGCUGCACGAGAAAGACGGCACACGUGCGUUCUGUUGUUUUGAUUCGACAUCGGUAGUUUUUGGUAGUGCGGUUUUUAUUUGCUUGUUUCGCGAGUUUUAAAUUGUUAAAUUUAUCCUACGUGAGUUGAAGGAUUACCUUUAAAAUGGACUUGAUGCUAAGCACCUUUGUCACCGAGGAUGUCCCAAAGGUCGAAAAGAAAAAGGGCAAAUCGUCAGCCGGUGGAACGGAUUCCGGUGGUAAAUUUUCAAUGGUUUUCAGCAAAAGUCAACCUGUGAAGGCUAUUGUGGCGAGGAAAAGAGUUAUUCCAGCAACGGCUAAGAAAUCUGAAACGGAUAAUCAAGAAAAGUCCUCAGAAAAAACGAAACCGUUUUCCAUGAGACUGGAACCACCUAACAAAAAACAACAGAACAAGUUACCAGUUAAAAAAGACAACAAUUUGACAAAGAAAGCUAAUCCUAAAAAUGUUGAUAAAACUCCCGAGACUGCGGACGAAAGACCAAAAUUUUCGUUGACGGAACAAUUCAACAAAAAGGUUCCCCAAAAUCGAAAAUCCAACAUUUUCGACAAACUGAAAACGCAAAUGCCCAAAGUAGACCUACCGGAAGUCCACCCAUUGACAGAAAAAGUCUUCAGUGAUGUCACCGUUGAUUCACUAAAUAUCCAUCCUCAUUCGAAGAAGAACGUAGCCGAUUUGCUGGGCUUCAAGAAGCUAACGGUGGUGCAGAAUCUUUCGAUUCCGAAAAUUUUGUCCGGGAAAGAUGUGCUGAUUCGAGCGCAAACCGGCUCCGGAAAGACACUGGCCUACGCUUUACCUCUGGUGGAAAGGUUGCAUUCCCAGGAUGUUAAAAUUUCCCGGGGAGAUGGAAUUUUAGCCGUUAUUGUUGUUCCAACAAGAGAAUUGGCUCUGCAGACUUACGAGCUUUUCGUGAAGCUAUUAAAACCUUUCACGUGGAUUGUAUCCGGGUUUCUAUGUGGCGGAGAGAAGCGGAAAGCUGAGAAGGCUCGCCUUCGAGCUGGUUUGAACAUUUUGAUCGGUACCCCUGGUAGACUUUGCGAUCACAUCAAGAAUACGGAAUCGAUGAAAUUCAACGCGGUUAAAUACUUGAUCCUAGAUGAAGCUGAUCGAUUGCUUGAGCUGGGCUACGAAAAAGAUGUUAAAGAGAUUGUGGAAUCGAUCAAGGAAGCACGACAGGAUCAGGAAGAGUCGAUCCAAACAGCUCUUCUUUCAGCCACUUUGACCAAUUCCGUCAAGGAGCUUGCCGGAUUAACUUUAAACAAUCCGGAUUAUGUCGAUACAAGUGACAUCGUUGUGGAGCGCCGAUUCGACAGUAUCAAUGUUGAAGAUAUAGAAGAUCGAAUAACGAUCCCGGCCACUGUUCGACAAAGUUACAUCAUAAUUCCACCGAAACUUCGCUUAGUCAUACUUUGUGGAGCGAUUGCGGCGGAAUUCAAUCGAAAAACCAACAAAGCGCUUGUUUUUAUGGCCACUCAGGACCUGGUCGACUAUCACUACGACGUCAUGGUCGAAGUCUUGACUCAGGAGAAACCCGACUCGGACAACGAAAACGAUUCCGACGACGAUGAAGAAGUUUCGGAGGAUGAGGAAUCCGACUCCGAAUCGAAAGAAACGAUCCUUCUACCCAACGUAAGAUUUUUCAAACUGCACGGUAAAAUGACUCAAAUCGAGCGAAGUUCCGUGUUCAAAGAAUUUCGGAGUAGUAAAUCUGCGGUCCUAUUAUGCACGGACGUUGCAGCUCGGGGUAUUGACGUUCCAUCGGUUGAUCUCGUGGUUCAGUUCCAUGCUCCACAAAUUCUAUCCGAUUACGUUCACCGCGUUGGAAGAACCGCUCGAGCUGGCCAAAGUGGUAAAGCUUUACUGGUAGUGGAACCAGCGGAAGUUGAAUUCGUGAAAUAUCUAACUGAAAAGAAGAUUCGACUGGUGGAGGAUCCGGUGGAUCCGAUUUUCAACCGUAUUGGAUUGAUGGUUAACAAGUCGGUUAACCGCAGGAAUAAGAAUAAGGAACAGGCAGCCGUGGAGUUGCAGCAUCGGUUCGAAAAGCUGGUGGCCGCCGAAAAGGAGCUGUACAGUGAGGCGUGUAAGGCGUUCGUUUCCUGGGUGCGAUACUAUUCCAACUUCCCGAAGGAGCUGCGGCGAAUUUUCGCCAUCAAGGCGGUCAACAUGGGUCACUACGCGAAGAGUUUGGGUCUGCGGGAUCCGCCGAAGCAAUUUAUGCGGCACCACACUGGACCGAGAGACGGAGACUUUGGUGAUGACGGAGGAAGUGGCGAGCGGAAGUUUAACAACCGGGGCAAGCAAGGAGGAAAUCGGUCGUUUGGCGGCACCGGCAAAAGUUUCGCCAAAGGUGGUCCCCUUCACAACGGCCAAAAUCGUAAACGAUCGUUUGGUGCAUCCGAUCGAGGAUCCGGCGGCCCAGGACAGCGUCCCUUCAAGCCCCAUCAGCAGCAAUCCCAGCACCGGGACCUGGCCAGCUAUGCCCAAAGCUCCCGCAUGGUCAACACGUCCGAGUUCGAUAGCGGAUUUUCGUCGGCGCCCAGAAGCGGCGGCUCGGCCAGAAAGAAACCACGAAAACACUGAUGAUGAUGUCUGUCUGAUCCUUUGCUGAUUGAUCAAAUUAGCUUCCCCGAUUGCCGGGGGAAAACACUCAACUGGUUCAAAACCAUAAUCGGUUCCAGUUAUUUAUGUUGCGAAAGGUAAGUGGUAACUCCGGAGAGAUCCGGAUGAAAGUGUGUGCCGAAAAAACUAAGAUGAAAGUGUACAGAAAUUUGUUUUUAUUUUCUGAAUGUUUUAUUGAAGAAGUGGAAAAAAUAAAGCCAGAAAUUCUU